AUGGUGCUCCUGACUCAAUCUACCGUGUCUGUGAUCCUGUCGUCAGGAGUGGUGUGCAUGUUCACCUUUCUCCUGUUCCUGUCGGGAUAUAUCCUCCAACAGCAAUCCGUGCGAAAUAUCCAAGUCGCCCUGAAACCUUCUCCGCCUCCCAUCCGCGAUCAGAUCGCAAUUGCAAAGCGAGGACUGUCGCAUGAACUGGGGCAUAACUGGGACAAUGACCAGGAGACUCCUCUCUCCAGUUUCCCCUUAGAUCAGGGAAAUGAACCAUCAUCAUCUUCAGAUCAGUAUAUCGCAAACAAGGGAAAUUAUGCUUAUCUCCAACUCAUCUCCAACCCGGACCCCUCUGACAUCUGCUCCGCUAUCCUAUUCUUCAAAACCCUCGCAACAAAUGGCACGGCAAUCCAGGACCGUCUAUUCAUGUACCCUGCAGAAUGGGACAGAAUGGCAUACUCCUCCACUGUCAAUCAUGACCACAGCAACAAGAACAAGAAGAAUAAGAAUAAAAACAAAAACAACGCAGCUCCGAUAAAUCUUACAAAAUCCAUCUCUAAAGCCCUCUCCCUUCUCCGCGCCGCCAGCGUGGAAUAUGACAUCUGGCUCCUCCCUAUCGACAUGUCCCUGGCCACCUCGGCCGGAUACAAACUAACGGACACGAAACUGCUCCGACUGGGCCAGAUCCAGUUCAUGCAGUACGACAGUGUCCUUUAUGUCCGGACUCCGGGCAUUAUACUCGACAUUGAACUGCUAGAUUCGGUGCUUCUUUCUCGUCCCCUACCGAUGAGGCAUGACAAAACCCGAAUUGAAUCGUAUGCCAACGAGGCCUGGAUCCCAAUGCCUCUUCGCCCGGACCGUGAUGAAUCUUUGCCGCCCGUGUAUUUAAUCGCUGUGAAUAAUGUGGGCGGUCGUGUCGAGGCGCGUGGACACAUUCCUAACGUUGGUCUUCCAGGAUUUGGGGAACUGAUUACUGGCCCAUGGGAAUUCGAUAGCACCCGUGACCAAGGUGAUAGAGGCCACUCAGUCGAUGGAAAAGGGAAUGAGAAUGGGCAACAGCAACGGCAAGGUCAACAGCCAGGCUAUGUUUACUUUGAGCGAGAUUACGAUGGCCAUGUUAGUUGGAAGAAUAACCCACUAUUUGGGACAUGGAGGGCGCAGCAGUAUGGAGUCUGCGAAGGGUUGGAUCUAGAUGAUGUUCCAUUAUGAGAAAUUAUAACGGUCUACAGCUCAGGCAGCAGGGCUGCUAGCUUCGCAACUUAUAUAAACAGUUUAUUUAGUUUGUUAUAUAUAUACUGUACAGUAUCUAUAUCCUUUGCACCCUUUAGGAAU